GGCAAUAGUGACCAGUGCACAUCUUGACAAAGUCUCCUAGCAACCUUUUCUGCAGUGCUGAGUGACAGCAGGAGUGGCUGGGUAAAUCGAUGAGCUUGCCUUGGGAGCCUAUAAAUAGGCAAAGUCGGAGCACACAAUGGGUCAGAAGGUCACAGGUGGGAUAAAAACUGUGGAUAUGAGGGACCCUGUAUACAGGCCAUUGAAACAGGAACUCCAAGGGCUUGACUACAGCAAACCCACACGCCUGGACUUGCUACUAGACAUGCCUCCUGUAUCCUAUGAAGUCCAGUUACUGCAUUCAUGGAACAAUGAUGAUCGCUCACUGAAUGUCUUUGUGAAAGAGGAUGACAAGCUCAUAUUUCACCGGCAUCCGGUGGCUCAGAGUACAGAUGCCAUCAGAGGCAAAGUGGGAUAUACACGAGGACUGCAUGUGUGGCAGAUCACAUGGGCAAUGAGGCAGCGAGGGACACAUGCUGUGGUGGGGGUGGCCACAGCAGAGGCCCCUUUGCAUUCAGUAGGGUACACAACGCUGGUGGGAAAUAACCAUGAAUCUUGGGGAUGGGACCUUGGGCGUAACAGACUGUACCACGAUGGCAAGAACCAGCCAAGUAAAACUUAUCCUGCCUUCUUAGAACCAGAUGAAACUUUCAUUGUGCCGGACUCCUUCCUGGUGGUUCUGGAUAUGGAUGAUGGGACAUUGAGCUUCAUUGUAGAUGGGCAAUACAUGGGUGUUGCAUUUCGGGGACUCAAAGGAAAAAAGCUAUAUCCAGUGGUAAGCGCAGUGUGGGGACACUGUGAAAUACGGAUGUGCUACUUGAAUGGACUUGACCCUGAACCACUGCCUUUGAUGGACUUGUGUCGGAGAGCUGUGAGGCUUGCCCUGGGCAAGGAGAGACUGAAUGAGAUCCCUACACUGCCACUGCCAGCUUCCCUCAAGAGCUACCUGCUCUACCAAUGACCUUCAUGUUCAAGGACAGAGUUGGAACCAAGACAAAAUACUGGAGCUGACCCACUGAGGGUUCUCCACCCUCAUGUCAUCGCUACUGUUAGAACUCCUUGGCCAAAUAUUCCUGCCACUGCUUAUGUCUCCAUGUGCCAUUACUGGCAAGCUCUCAAGUAAUUUUUUUUUCACGACCAAGUUUUUUGUUCUUUGGAAGUCACUUCCCCAGCACACUUACAAAAGGAACAUUUACAGAAGCUCUCUGCUUCCCUGCUUCUCCUGAGAAAAGGUGGUGUUGCUAUCUUUUGGGUUGUAGAGCCUAGGAGUGAAUGAUUUUUUUGUAUCAGAUAAAGGGAAGAACAUAGUUUGGGGGAAGGGAAGGCAUUAGGAAUAGAAAUGUUAAGAUCAUGGAAUGGAAAUGUUAAGAAUGGAAAGGCACAGGGUGGCCAGCAGAGUGGGGAAGAGUCUGAAAUACUAAGAAGAAUUAAUUGCUGAGUUUUGAAAAACCAAAAAAACCCCCCA